AAUCGACACAGUGUUGAACUGUUGCUUCAACUGUGUCAUCACUCGUAUCCCUACGUUUAUCGCUGUGCAGCCUUUUUGUCGACUACUGUACAAAUUAUUGUUAGACUCUUGUACUGCUGGGUUAACGUGACACGACUUGAAAGAAUAUGCCUAAGAAUAAAGGUAAAGGAGGUAAGAAUCGGCGACGUGGAAAGAAUGAAAAUGAGUCUGAGAAGAGAGAGUUGGUGUUCAAAGAGGAUGGCCAGGAAUAUGCACAGGUGAUUAAAAUGCUUGGAAAUGGGCGUCUGGAGGCCAUGUGCUUCGAUGGAACCAAGCGGCUUUGUCACAUCAGAGGAAAACUCCGGAAAAAGGUUUGGAUUAACACAUCAGACAUCAUCCUGGUUGGGCUGAGAGAUUACCAGGAUAACAAAGCUGAUGUCAUUCUCAAGUAUAACGCAGAUGAGGCUCGCAGCUUGAAGGCCUACGGCGAGCUGCCAGAGCACGCCAAAAUCAAUGAGACAGACACAUUUGGUCCUGGAGAUGACGACGACAUCCAGUUUGACGACAUUGGAGAUGAUGACGAGGACAUUGAUGAUAUCUAAACUCCUGCAAAGGAAGGAUAAAGUUGGGAUUUUAUGAUCCAGUUGUGACAUUUCUAACCGGCACAACGCACCAAUGAUUAUUUUUAUUAAAAGCAGCCUAUGCCAAUCCACUACCAGUUUAUUAACAUUAUGUUUAAUUUUUUUUCCUUUUCUCUUAAGAGUAGACAUCCUUGGACAGUUUGUGUGUCGCAGAAUGGAAAAAAAUGACACCAGUAUUUUUACAUUUUGUUGUUAACACCAAUAUGAGAAACAUCAUCUUAUCUCGUAUCUCGUGGAGCAGCCAGAAUGCCAUGAAGCAGACUGAUGAGAAGACCAGUGAUGCAGUUUGCUUAUUCUACCUUUAUGCAGUUGGAUUGGCAUAUCAUAGUAGGCUGAUAUCCAGUGACAAGUUUAGAGUGAUUGUCUGGAGCAUUGUUUUUUUGUUUUGUUUUUUUACUUUGGGAAAAAAAAAAAUCAACAAACGGACACUCGAUAUUUGUCAUUGUGCAAGAAACACCUUUUAUAUCAAAGCUUAAGUUACUCCUGUCACUUCAGUUACAAUGACAACAAACUCUCAGCAGAUGUAUACUAAAUGCAUCCUCUUUUUAAAAUAUAUUUAUAUUGAUUUCACACUAUGUGGAAUUCAGUAGGAAGUACAGAAUCUCUGGAUUCACCAAUAAAAAGAUAAAUCAU